AGCUGAAACGUGAUACACAUCCGGUCACGUGGCCUGAUACAGCAACAACAACGACAUGUUAACGUCUUAUAGACGUUUAGGCGAAUACAGGAUUUCAUUUCUCUUCACGCAGGCUCUGCAAUCAUGACUGAAUCCAAAAAGAGGUACUACCAGCCAGAGAGCGACCAUGGGAGUGACUCAGGUGAUGAUGACUAUGUUCCUUAUGUCCCCAUAAAGCAGAGGAAAAUGCAGCAGUUGCAGCAGCUGCAGGCACGUUUGGGUCAUGGGACGGUGUCUGUGCCAGAGGAGCCGCAGGAGGAGGAGGGCGAGGUGGCAGGGGUGGAGGAGGACGAGGAGGUAAACCUUGGCCCCAUGUCACACAUCAGCCUCCUAGAUCAGCACAGUGAACUUAAGAAGAAGGCUGAAGCUCGUAAGGAGACAGCCCGGGAAAAACUUCUGAAGGAAGAAGAGAAGAUCUUGGAGAAUGUUGCUCAGAAAAAAGCCCUGAUGGGUGUGGCAGAAUUGGCAAAGGGUAUUCAGUAUGAGGAUCCUAUCAAAACUGGGUGGCGACCCCCUGAUUACAUAAGUGAGAUGUCAGAGGGCAGACAUGAGAGAGUACGGAAGAAGUGGCACAUUCUAGUGGAAGGAGACGAGAUCCCUCCACCGAUCAAAACAUUCAGGGAGAUGAGGUUUCCUAAGCCUAUCCUCAAUGGACUGAAACGGAAGAACAUUGUUCGUCCAACACCCAUUCAAAUCCAGGGUUUGCCAACAGUGCUGUCAGGCCGUGACAUGAUAGGCAUAGCAUUCACGGGAUCAGGAAAGACGUUAGUUUUCACACUUCCGCUGAUCAUGUUCUGCUUGGAGCAGGAAAAGAGGCUGCCUUUCCUCAAGAAUGAGGGGCCCUAUGGUCUUAUCCUCUGUCCAUCGAGGGAACUGGCUCGACAGACAUUUGAUAUCAUUAAGUUUUACUGUAAAUACCUGGAGGAUGAAGGGUUCCCAUCAUUAAGAAUUGCUCUGUGUAUUGGGGGAGUGGCAGUGAAGGACCAGAUAGAUGUUAUCAGACGUGGGGUGCACAUCAUGGUGGCCACUCCAGGGCGGCUAAUGGACAUGCUGGACAAGAAAAUGGUCACUCUGGACGUCUGUAGAUACCUGGUCAUGGACGAGGCUGAUCGCAUGAUUGACCUCGGCUUUGAGGAAGACGUCAGAACCAUAUUCUCCUUCUUCAAGGGUCAGAGACAGACUCUGCUUUUCUCUGCUACUAUGCCAAAGAAGAUUCAGAACUUUGCCCGGAGUGCCCUGGUUAAGCCAGUGACAGUGAACGUUGGGCGGGCAGGUGCAGCCAGCCUUGAUGUCAUACAGGAAGUAGAGUAUGUCAAACAGGAAGCCAAAAUUGUCUAUCUGCUGGAGUGUCUGCAGAAAACAGCCCCCCCUGUGUUGAUCUUUGCUGAGAAGAAGCAGGAUGUUGAUGCUAUUCAUGAGUAUUUACUGCUGAAAGGCGUGGAGGCAGUGGCCAUCCAUGGUGGGAAAGAUCAAGAAGAGAGAUCAAGGGGUGUAGAACAGUUCCGGGCUAAGGAGAAGGACGUCCUGGUGGCCACCGAUGUGGCAUCUAAGGGCCUGGAUUUUCCAGACAUUCAACAUGUGAUCAACUAUGACAUGCCAGAUGACAUAGAGAAUUAUGUUCACAGAAUUGGCAGAACUGGUCGUUGUGGAAAAACAGGUGUUGCUACAACUUUCAUCAAUAAGACUGUGGAUGAGUCGAUACUGCUUGACCUGAAACAUCUCCUUCGAGAAGCAAAACAGAACAUUCCACCCUUCCUGGCUACCCUCCAGUCUGAGAGUGAGAAAUACCUGGAUAUUGGAGGCGAGGUUGGCUGCUCCUACUGUGGUGGUUUGGGUCAUCGUAUUGCUGACUGUCCAAAACUGGAGGCCAUGCAGACCAAGCAGGCUCAAAACAUUGGCAGGAGGGAUUACCUGGCUCACAAUAGUGCAGACUACUGAGUUGUUUUACAGCUGCGUGUUAGGUAUAUUCCAAUCCUAGUGGAGUUGUGUGUGUGAUAAAUCCAUCCUGAUGGCUCUGCAUUUGUGAUAAUUUGUGGGAGUAAUUAAGGCCUUUUCUGGAAUCCACAGCUGGUGAAGUGUUGCAAAUACCACCUCCGUCUUCACCCUGUAUGAAAGCUUAGCCACCAGUGUUGCCUAGCGCAUCGGCAAGGAAAGCUGAGACUAGACUUGGAUGUGGAGUCUUGUUUUCUGAUAUCUAAGCAGGGGAGAAUGGUCAACACUAAGGUACAUACCUUAUGUGAUGUGGACCUCCCAGUUACAGUGUGACUGUGAGGAUAUAUAUCUUGACAUUUGACACACCACUGUAAACUUUGGACACACAGUUAUGAAGAGGUGUCUGAUGAAUACAUUUCUGUGCCCUGUGGCUACUCAUCAUUCAGUAUUAUAGGAGAUAUUACCUAUACACACAGGCUAGUGGUUCAACCAAUCUGUUCAAAAAAUAGAACUUCAAAGAGUAUAUACAUGUGUAUGAACUUGAUGUUUUUGUGAACAACACCCCCAACCCACCCCCCUCCAAAAAAAAAAGCACUAGACCAGAUAUGUACAUGCAUUGAUAAAGUAUCUCAAAAGUUUAGAAUGUAUCCUUUUUAUUUUUGUGAUGUUGCACAACUGAAAUAUUGCAGCGUGAACAAUAUCAUACACAUUAGGAAAACCAAGACGACCAGAUUCAAAGUUCAUUUAUACCAAGCAUGUCAGAAGAAAAUGGCUGUGGCCGUUUAGUUCUGUUUCCACCCUCUUGAAAAAUAGCGAAGUUUUUAGUACGUUUUCUAUUUCAUUAAAGCUCCUUCGGAAACUAAGAGUGUUUUACAUGAUUGGUGAGUGUCAUCCAAAUCAAAUACAACUAUACCACACUAACGAUGAGUAUAUGUGUAUUUCUUGCCCUUCCUGUUUGCAGACUUCACACCAGACAUUGCUCAAUUAACAAUGGCACUUGCACUGGUGUGCCCCUCAUUGUAGUUACAGCAGAUAGUGCACUCCCUUCCCAGUGCACAUGUAUAUUGAUGGCAACUGCUUUGAAAGCGGUAUGGGUGCUUUACGGAAAUGGGAAAGUCUGCAUAGCUUUGUAUAGCCAUUUUGACCGAUCCCAGCC